AUGUUGAGUUUGAGUGACCCACGGUCGGCGGGGCUGGUUGGAUCAUUACCCCAGACCGUCUUUAUCGAAGCGCUCCACCGACUGUCACCCGCCCAUUUUGUGGAUCCGUUCCGAGACCUCCACCACCCCCUGCAUGCCUGGUCGUCACUGGUCAACGGCGUCAAACGUGCGGAAGAGGUUUUUGAUGAAUUAGUACAAAAUCUAUUCAUGAUUACUCGAAAUCGGACUUGUCAAGGAUAUGCACUGGGGUUGGCAGAGUAUACACAUUUCUUGGACUGGGCACGAGCGAUGGGCAACGGUCCACUAGCGGAUGAUCUAUGGGCGUCAAUGGGACGCGACAGGGUCAUUCCAGAUGCUAUUUGCUACAACUACUACAUGGAGGCGAAGGUCUGGGACCACUCCUAUACCGGCGAAGAGGCUUAUCGUUUGCGAAUAAUACCCAAGCAUUACAAAAAGCGACGGAUGAAUGACCCCAACAUUAAUUGGAGGGGUUACCGCACGGGCAAACACAGUAUCCGCAGGACAGUGCUAGAGAAGUUCCGAGAGAUGAUGCAAUAUGGACAUAUAGCUGAUGAACGGACCUACAUCAACGUGAUGCUUGCGUCAGCUCGGGCAGGCCACGGUCCGGGGAUCAGACAUGUUUUGCAGACAGUGUGGAAUAUUGAUGUUGAUGCCAUUAAGGAGACACAAGAUCGCUCCAAGCUACCAGUUGCCACACCCUACGAGCCCUGGUCCGGACUCUAUCCAACCGAGAAUCUUCUUUUCGCGGUCGCCCAUGCUUUGGGCACAAAUAACGAUAUACCCGCUGCAAUUAAGACAGUCCGAUUCAUCUCUUCAUCAUACGACAUUCCUAUCACCGAAAAGGUGUGGCACGAACUGUUUGAACGGGCGUACGUUUUGUCCAGAGUUCGAACCCCGGAAGCGCAUUACGAAAAUGCCAAUAAUAUUGGCAAAGUAUCGACGGACAUGGUACGAUCAAUCUUCAAGACCAUGACUUCUGAACCCUACAAUGUCACCCCGACCGUGCAAAUGUGGCGAUUCAUGAUAAACAUCAGCAUCGACUACGGAAACUUGCAGGAUUGCAAGCUGUAUCUACAAGCUGCAUACAACGCGUUGCUUAAGACAAGAGAAAGACAGCAGGAAGCGCGCGCAACAGUAAUGGAUCUUUUGAACCCGUUGCUGCGAAAGACAAAUCGGCAGAUCAAAAAUAACGAAAUCAUUUCGCCUGAUGACUCGCUCUUCCAAAGUCCUCUACUCUACGAGGCGAUCAAUGCAUAUAACAUCACCCGGCUAGAAGUUUACCAGCAGACCUAUGUCUUGAAACGAAUUUUAUGGGUCGUCGUCCGAAUCCCCAACUGGCAGGAUACAACCGAUGAUUCUUGGUUCUUGAGGCAACGACCGAAGAUGAUUGAGGAGUGGCGCGAUUUUCUCCCCGAACGAAUGCGUCUCUUUUACAGUAAUGACUGUGGCGAGGUCAAUUUCACCAAGGGCACAACCUUCAAAAAUCGAAAAUGGAAUAAAGAGGACAUCUCCCCGGUCCGACGAGAUCCAAAUCAUGAAACACUGUUUUUCUGUGCGGACGCUCGAGUUCGAGAUGAAGAAUUCAGAUGGAAAGAUCUGUUGGCUUUCUAUCCAUGGUUAGAUAAAACCGUGGAGCCUCUGAAAACAUUAUUCGACUUUCAAAAGCCCUGGUCCCAGGAGUUUCAGGAGUCUUAUAGAAAUCUCCAGGAAGCAUGGGUUGACUACCCUGAUGAUCAUCCGAUGUCGACGAAGAAUAAUCCCAACGGUGGAUUCUAUGGCCGCCUUGCUGCAUUGGACAUGUUGAAAUCCACGAAGCGAAGUGUGUACCUGCUGGAUGAUAAGUCCUGGAUUUAG